AUGGAUUUAAGAUUGAAGUUGAAUGAUACAUUGGACGACAUAGAUUUGAGAAAGAAAUCCUUCAACCUCAACGAGAGCCUGUUUGCCUCUGCAUCCAAUUGUUCCAUGUCUCUGCCAACUCUCAACACCUUCGGUAUCAUCAGAGUGGUCAUCACUUUCAUCCUUUUCAUCUUUUCUGUUGGUAUGAAUAUAAUAUUUCUGGUGAAACAGAACAAGAAGAAAGCAUCACGACUCAAAACACUGCUGAACAGCCUUACAGCAGCCAACCUGGUGGAGACUGUGAUUAUCAUGCCAAUGGAUGGCACCUGGAUAAUCACGGUACAGUGGCACGGUGGAGAGUUCCUCUGCAAGGCCCAAAACUUCCUCAAGCUCUUCUCCAUGUAUUGUCCUGCUUUUAUGGUGGUAGUGAUCAGCUUGGAUCGUUACUUGGUGAUUACAAAACCCUUGAAAAGCAUAACUUCUGGGGUCCACACCGGAAAGUAUAUGAUUGCUGCAGUUUGGCUCUUUAGUCUGAUCUUGGCUUUGCCUCAGCUAUGGCUCUUCAGAAUGACGCACUACACAGAACCAUGCUUCUUCUCACAGUGUGCAACUCUAGGAGGCUUUCAGGGUCAAUGGGACAAAGCCUUCUACAACUUCUUCACCUUUGGAUUCCUCUUUGUUAUUCCACUAAUUAUCAUGCUGAUCUGCAACUUCAAAAUAAUCAUCAAGAUGACAAAUAAUCUGCGUCCAAACUUCAAUCAGAUGGAUCUGAACCAGUCAAGGAACGGCAUACCAAAAGCUCGUAUAAAAACAAUGAAAAUGACCAUUGCUUUUGUCACUUCUUUCAUCAUCUGCUGGACCCCAUACUACCUGAUGGGGAUCUGGUAUUGGUUUGAUCCUGAUCUGGAAUAUAAGUUGCCUGAAGCAAUCAACCACUUUUUAUUUGUGUUUGGAUUACUGAAUCCUUGCCUUGAUCCACUUAUUUACUGGUAUUUUUCUUAG